AUGCUCUUUAAAGCGUUGUUUCAAUAUCCUGGGUUUCACCGUUUACUUUUUAAUGCAAAACCGUAUCAUGUAGAAGACUUGAGACAACGGGGCAGUCUUUUUGAAGUUAAGCUUCUAAAAGAGGUCUUUGACAAUAAUUUUGUCAAUAAUCAUUGCUGCUUACUUUUGACAUUUAAAACUAAUUUCUGGGCAUUUUGCCAUGUUUUGGGUUUGAAAAUUUUCAGGCUGGCUUUUGAACAAGUAGUACAAAGUAGUUGUUUAUUUUCCCACCCAACGCCCUUUUUCUUUUCUUUUCCUUAUGCACAGUUUCGAGUAAAGGCUGCUGUUAGCUUGUACGAGGUAGUUUGUGUAGGUUUAUGGAGUCGAAUAUUUGGCAUGCUCUUGUACCGCGACAGAGAUGCAGACGGUGUUUUCAACAAACAUUCGCAGAUUUGGUUACGAAAGUAUAUGUGUGAGCAAAUCGUUGUUUCGUCAUCUACCACAUCUUUGAAAGUCACUGAUAAUCACAAAGAGCCGCCCUUGAGAACUUGUAGUAGCCCAUCAUCUCCAUUAUUAAGAUCAGACUUGCCUCUUGAUAUCAAGCAGGAGUUUUUGGAUCGCAUUCGUGAUGCAACUAUUUCUGCAUUUCUUGUCGUCUGCAUGCGAUUUAUUAUUUUGACGUAUAAGAUUUAUCAUUCGCAAGUACAGCCAAGCAGCAUUUCCGCUACAAGGCCUAUCUCACAAAGGUCAGAGACUGGAGAGAUCAAAGAUAUACGAUGCUUGUUCAAGAGCCACAAAUGUAUACUGGUAUUUAAGAAGGCUACUUUUGUGAUCGACAGAAAUAACAAUACUUCACUCGAAAUCAAAAAAGGUCCUUUGGCUUCUGAUAUAUUGAUAAAAGUAUAUCAUGUAGAAUGUUCAGAAAUCUGUCUUCCUCCUCCGUUAGAUCAUAGUUUAUUUUCAAGCACGUCCAGCUCUCGUCAGCUCCUGCAACUUUUCAAUUUCGAAACAGAAAAUAGGAUAAAUAAUCGUAGCAGGCAUGGCGGAUGCACCUUAGUUUUUCUUUUAAUUUUCUUUGGAAUAAGAUAGAUCUUAAUUUUAACUCGCUGUUUUUUCUUUUUAUCAUUUUAUUCCAUUUUCCAAAUCCCUAUAGCAUAUAUCACUCAGUAAUGAUAAUAAAAAAAAAAACUUGAUUUGGCGUUCUAUCAUGUGCUUUUGUUUACUUUUCGUUUAAGAAAAAGUAUCAAUCUUC